AAAGUGAAUGGGUAGAUAUAUCCAGGUGGCGUAGCGGGCAGCGGUGGUGAGUUGAUGGGAGUAAAUAGGUGGAUCCAAUGGGGUAGCGGAAUCCUCCGACGACCAGGCGGGAAUGGGGUAAAUGAUCCGGGUGUGUAAUGUUCAUGGCUAACGAUCCGGCAGGGAAUGGAUGUCAGGUCAGAGCUUUUGAAGGGGAGAGGUGAUGAUCAGGACAGGUGUGCAGAUUACUGAUGGGAUACAGGUGCGAGUGAACAUCGAUCUCCCAACAAGCUAAUUCGCCCGGCAACCAGACAGGGUGCGUUCCAGGACACCGGAAACACACAGGCAAACACAGACUCAGGAAGCGGGAUUCGUGACAUGAAUAGUGGAUGAAAGCAGCUCCUCUGACCACAGUGACUUGGAUAGCUCUGUCAGCCCUCUGCCGGCUGUGUGCCCACGCCUACCUGCAGCCCCCAAUCCACAGAAUGUACCCACAGUCAGGAAACAAGCUCUUCUGUUCCUGAAACCAGAUAUGCUGUGGCACCCUCUGUCUUCGGCAAGGAGGAGUACAACAGUGCCAAGGCCCGUCUCACUCAACUAAGACUGAGAUGGUUAGCAGAGUGUCGUUGUCCUCCAGUAGGGGUUUCUCUCUGAGGAAGACUGACGACGACCCCCAACCUUCCAUGGCGCCCCAGAACCACCACAGCACUCAGCAGCUUUACAGAGAGAGCAGCAGGUCAUAGAGCCCCACGGUAGCCGACGCGAUGACCCCCCGACCUUCCACACCACCCCAGACCCACCACAGCACUCAGCAGGUCCUGGCUGAGGUGUGUUCGUGGGACCUCGCCCCUGUUCCUGAGCAAUACAAGAAGGUCUGUCACAGCCUGGCAGUGGUGUCUGGAGGAGUUGGACUCGAGUGUGAACCUGUUGGGUGAUGGACCCUGUUCGGCCUGCUGUCAGCCUGUAGCCAUACAGCCUCAUACUGGCCAGCGCCUUUGCAGAUAAACAGCAACACUGCAUCGUACUGGCCAGUACCCUGGCAGGAACAGGGCACCUGAAGUCAGUGAAUCUGUCCCAUAACGCCCUGUGCUCUAUGGGUUUUGAGCUGGUCCUGAAGACUCUUGCCUCUUCAAUGUCUCACUCAACUCAAUCUGUCUGCCAUCCGCUGUGGAACCACUGACCACCCUCCUUCAAAACAUCUCAAACACACACACACAAAUGCAUACACCGACACACACACACACACACAAAUUCAAAUAAAGUUAUUCUAUUGUGUACUUUCACAUUAAUUAAGCAUUGUUUGUCUAAAGAAAUGCAUAAUCUAUCACAUGAUCUACAGUAAGUAUUUACUUAGUAGAGGAAAUUUGUCCAGGAAGGUACACGAUAAAGACUGCAAAUCUAAGAAAUGGAUCAGUAAAUUAUGAGGAGUUUUUAAUAGAAUUUGUUGAAACAAUUGGUUGCGUUUCUGGUCUGAGGCAGGCGCCUUGCAAGUUGAGUAAACAUUUCACAGUUUGAAAAGGAAGUUUGUCAUCCACUUAUCUGCUGCACAACUUUGCCUUUGGUAUUCAAGCUAAGAAACGUGUUGAUAUGGUAAUUAGGAUACAAUGGUUGUACCUUAAUUGUAUAUUUGACUUAAUGACGAGCUAUGGCAAGAUGAUAUUUAGAGGAGCAAAUGUAGUUGUCACACCCUGAUCUGUUUCACCUGUCUUUGUGAUUGUCUCCAUUAUCCCCUGUGUAUUUUAUACCUGUGUUCUCUGUUUGUCUGUUGCCAGUUCGUCUUGUUUGUCAAGUCAACCAAUGUUUUUUGUCUCAUGUCCUGCUUUUCCCAGUCUCUUUUUCUCGCCCUCCUGGUUUUGACCCUUGCCUGUCCUGACUCUGAGCCCUCCUGCCUGACCACUCCACUUGACCCUGCCUGCCGUCCUGUACGUUUGCCCCACCUCUGGAUUAUUGACCUCUGCCUACCCUGACCCUGAGCCUGCUUGCCUGCCGUCCAGUACCUUUGCCCCUCCUCUGGUUUACUGACCCCUGCCUGCCUUGACCUGCCUAUUGCCUGCCCUUGUUCGAUUAUUAAACCAUUGUUCAUUCGCCAUUGUCUGCAUCUGGGUCUUACCUUCAUACCUGAUAGUAGUGAUGGCUCCUCUGUAAGUAAGAUUCAUGUCAACUAGUAAUGUUUAAACUGAGAACUCAACACUGACAUAUUGGGUGAUAGUACUAUGUCUAACUGCCUGGUCAAGGGCAUACCAUGAGAUCUGGGAUUUGAUUGGUCCCUUGCUGAAAAUGGAAAAGGAGUCACAGAGAACAUGGUUCUCGUUGGUUCCUUUGUGUGUUCCACAGGAUGACUGCUCACUGACCCACCUGAAUCUGGCGGGAAAUGGACUGAUGGACAGCAGCAUUUCCACCCUCGCCAGGUGUCUGCCUCUCUGUCCCUCCAUGGUGUCUGUGGACCUGGCAUGGAACCCAGCGGUGACCUCAGCGGGACUCCACAGCAUCCUCUCCAACCGGCGACCUUUGACCUAUCUCAACCUCCAAGGUUGUCAGGUAGCCGGACCCUGGGACAGCUCUAGUUUGGACGACUUGUCAGACCAGGUCCAGGACCUGUGGCUGUGGCUGUGCUCCCAGGUGCUCAAAAAACUGGACUGCAAGGCGCUGCAGCAGAUCUGGGGCCAGAGGAGGCCCGGGGGCUGCUUCCUCUCCAGGGAUGCCAAGUGCCUGCUCACUACUGCCCCUUCACUGCAAUCUAACUGACCAUCUGAAUAUAGUCCAGGCCUUCCUAGCCGAGGCGAAGCAAUGAAGCCGCCGAGUGGAUUUUGCUGUGUCAUUAAUCACAGCUCACUUGUCCUGCAGUUUCUCUUUUGUUAUUAUGUCAAUUACUUUAUUUUUUUCAUUUUGACUACCCAAAGUGACAAACUGCCACUCUAACCCAUUUAUAAUGGCUUAAAGCUAGACUAUUUUGUUUGGCACCUCUUUCUUCCCCAUCCAACACACUCGCACGCACACACCCACUCCCUCCAUUGCACCACAAAGAGUGUAUCUUGUGAGAUGUGUGAUAUAUGUCAAACGAACAUCAGACCAAGUGCAUGCAGUGUGAAAUGACUGAUGCUUACUCAUCUAUCUGAAACUGUUAUACCGCUAUUCCUAUUACUGAUAUCAACCUGUUGCAUACAACAAGCCAUUUAGCACUUUUGUUCAUUCUGCAACACCCUAAAUGCUAAAUGUUGCCAAUGCAAUACAGGCUAAUGUCAGCACAAUACCAACAGAGGGUGCUAGAGUGUUUGUGGCCUGUAUCAGCACUGGUGUGGUGCACUGGCCUGUGUUAUGACAAAGACAGAGAACAAGGGCACGUCUUUAGAACGGUCGCUGCAAUUUACUGUCUUGCUGGUAAGCAACUCCAGAGUAGAUUUGUCUUUGUGUUGUAGGUUAUUGUCCUGCUGAAAUGUGAUUCCUUCCCCAGUCCCUGGUGUAAAGCAGACGGAAGCAGGUUUUCUUCUAGGAUUUUGCCUGUGCUUAGCUCCAUCCCAUUUAUUUUCAUCCUGAAAAACUCCCCAGUCUUUACCAAUGUCAAGCAUACCCAUACCAUGAUGCAGCCACCACCAUGCUUGAAAAUAAGGAGGCAGUUACUCAGUGAUGUGUUGUAUUUGCCCCAAACGUAUGCAUUUAGGCCAAAAAGUGUAUUCCUUUGAUGUGUUUUGUUUUCUUCUUCAGUGUUACUUUAGUGCCUUGUUGCAUACAUAUUCAGAUGUUGGAAUAUUUUUAUUCUGUAUAUUUUUAUUCUUAUUUUCACUCUGUCAUUGGUGACAUCGAUAAGCAGUUUCCUUCAUGUCCUGCAGCUCAGUUCAGAAGGACAACUGCAUCUUGGAUGUGUCUGGGUGGUUUAUGACAUCAUCCACAGCAUAAUGAUUAACUUGACCAUGCUUAGAUAUAUUAAAUGUCUGAUUUGUUAAUGUUAACCAUCUACCAACCACUGCCCUUCUUCAUGACGCUUUCAAAAAGCUCCCUAGUCUUUGUAGUUGAAUUUAUGCUUAAAAUUCAGUACUUGACUGAGGGACCUUACAGAUGUUUUAUGUAUGGGGAACAGAGGAAGGGGUAGUCAUUAAAAAAGAAUGUCAACCUCUUAUUUCACACAGUGAGUCCAUGUAACUUAUGUGAUUUGUUAAGCCACAUUUUACUUCUGAACUAAUUAAGGCUUGCCUAAACAAAGGGGGUGAAUAUUAAUGCGACUAUAUUUUACUUAUUUAAUUUUAAUGAAUUUGUAAAUAUGUGUAUCAUUUUAUUUUCACUUUGACAUUAUGGAGUAUUCUGUAUAGAUCAAAAACAUGUUUUACUUUAACACAACACCAUGUGAAAAAGAGGGUGCAGACUUUCUAUAGGCUCUGUACUUUACACCAAAGUGAUUAAAAAACAAACUAACGUUGUUAAUGCAA